AAUUACGCAAAUUAGGAAUUUCCUUUCAACAAUUGAAACACAGGUGCAGCGCGCAGCAUACUCACCACUCUGCGUCCGUACAACCAUGGCGGAUCAGGGUUUAGACGACGAUGAGUGGGGUAUCGAUUUCCUAGAGGAGCUUGCCAAGGUGGAGGAAACUUUUUUCUCCACCCAGUCCUCUCGACACCACCCGCCGCUUCAGCCUCCGCAGUCUCAGACUCCUUUUCUCCCUCCCCCUCGGCGCCUGCCGCCGCCGUUGGAGCUCAGCUAUUCACCCCCUCGCGAACUGUCUCAGAGAACUCCUCAGACCUUGCAACCGCAUACUGCCAUUCCCGAUUUUCAUGACUCUUUUGCCCUUCCCGUAACCGACAUUGCGAAGGAGCGCGAGCUUGGUGCCCUGCAGAAAGAGCUAAAUCGUGUUUCGAAGCAGCUUAGUCACCUGGAGCAGGAGUGCUCGGAGCUUAGAAAGGAAAAGGAAAAAAACUUGGAGCAGCUGAAAGUUCUGAAUUCGAGGAUUGAGGCUAAAGAUGCUCAAGCUAAUCUUAGAAAAAGCAUGGAGAUGGAUGAUGUCGUUUGUAACUCUUUGGAUCAUGGGAUACCUGAAGCCUGUCAAAAUGUGAAACCAUAUAAUAAACAGCCUGGUUCGUGUGCAAAAUAUUGUGAUACCGGAAGAGAUAAAACCAAUGAAGCAAGCACUUCGGCUUUGCAAGAAACUUUUUGCCACUCGGAAAAGUUGUUUGGUGUGUGGAACUCAAAUGACCAGAAACAGGGAAGGGUUCUAGUUGCAAAGCUUUAUAAGACUUGUGAAAUGGAUGUUCAUCUGCUGUUUGGUUACCUGAACUCCCCUAUAAACGGCUCAAACAUGGCCUCAUCUGAUCAACAGGGUCCUUUACAGACCAUAGAAUAUGAAAAAGUCUUGCAUCUUUACUCUGUCUUCACCAAGAUUAGUAAUGAUAUAUUGAGACCGGAGAACUUAUUGGAAGCUUUGGUUGAUCUGUGUAAUCUGGAAAAUGUUUUUAUUGUCCGUUGGUCACUUCGUGUUUUACACAAGGUUUUGAGUGAUUCCUCAAGUAUGGAAAAGGAAUUUGGUGAAAGGGAAAAUGUUACAGCGGAAGAAUCCAUCUCUAAAAAUGCUGAAUCUGAUACAAAUGGAUUUCGCACGGAGGAAGGGUGCUUAAGCUUUGCAAAUAUAGUAGAUAUGUUGAAGCAGGGCCAAAUUCCACCUGCACCGAAAUUGGCUAAUGCUAAACCCUCCGGUUUUAGUGGGUUUGCUAAUCAUAGCUGUGUAGCAUCUGUGUCUGGAGCCUAUCAAGUAUCUUUACUUGAACGUAUGUGCACAAUUGCUACUAAAAGCAAUGAUGAACUAGUAAGACGUGAGGCACUUUCAGUCAUGAAUCUAAUUCUUAUGAGACAUAAUGCGUAUUUGGAGAGAGACAAGUUUGCUGGGGAAUCGGUGUUUCAUACUUUAUCACAAUUAUUGAGGAAGGAAGCUGGGUUCUCUGUGCAAGACCAAGCUGUUCAUGCUCUUUAUCUGCUAUGUAAUUGUCCCAAAGUUCUAGAUGUGAUCUCUUCUUGCUUAAAAGAGGAUGGAGAUCUGUCGCACUCUAAGGAUAUUAGUGGCAACAAUUUCCCGAGUUUUCAAGUGUUAAAUGAGAUCUUAAUUGGCUUGGCACAUUGUGUAGCUUGCUGUGGGAGUGCUACUGCUGAGGAAAUGAAGCUUCGAAGAAAUGCUAUAUCUUUUCUAGCUUUCCUAGGUUCGUCAGGAAAGUCCGGAUUUGAGAUUUUACUAAAUCAUAGGAUCCCAAAGGGCUCCAAUUUCCUUGCCGUCAUUAUGCAAAGCAUAUUAUCAGAUUUGGACCUUCAGGAAUCAAAGUCUGCUAGAAGAUCCAGCAUUGUCAUGGAACAAAGUUUGGUGAUACGAGAGGCGCUGAUCCUCUUGAAUAGACUUGUGUCCCAUCCUCAAUAUUCCAUCUCGGUUCUGAAUGCCCUGACAGCAACGAGAGACGCAGCAAGCAUGGCCGUGGAGUUUGCUAACCGGUUAACCCAUAAAGGCAAGGAUAACACUACGAAGCUAACUAGAGAAUCUGAAAUUUUGGAGUUGGCUCGCGUCUUCAAAAGAAGAGUUUUUACUUUUUUAGGAGAUAGUGUUUAUGAUGGAUGAAAGUGCAGUUGUAGAGAUCGUUUUUGACAGAUGAGGGCAAAUGUAUGAGGCUUUUAUGUAUAUGAAUGAUCACCCAUGGCCAUUUUUCCAUCGGCUUGGCUUGCUACUCCUUUUUGUAUGCCUCAUUUAAACCUUGUGGAAAUACUAUUACUUGAUUGAAAUUUUGGCUUUCUGGUGUUCGAUUUAUUUGGUAUUCGA